CCACGGCGGAAGUACAGGGAAAGUGGGAGGAAAAAAGUUUCGAGAACUCGAGAUUGCGAAAAGCACCGGUAUUGCAUGAUGGAAACUGCUUUACAUUUUUGUUUGUUAUAAGCUUUGGGGGUAAAUAUACAGCAAGUAGGUUUACUGUGCGACUACUAAGUGGCAAUUUUUCCUGAGUUCAUAAUGGGACUCCCAACUCUGGAGUUCAGCGAUUCCUUUCUGGAUAGCCCUGAUUUCAGAGAACGGCUAAAAUACCAUGAAAUUGAGUUGGACCGGACAAACAAGUUUAUCAAAGAACUAAUCAAAGACGGCAAUAUGUUGAUAACGGCACUGAAGAAUCUUUCAGCUGCUGUCCAGAAGUUCUCCCAGUCUCUGCAGGACUUUCAGUUUGAGUGUAUAGGAGAUGCAGAGACAGAUGAUGAGGUCAACAUUGCUCAGUCGUUCAAAGAGUUCUCUCAGCUCCUGAACACCGUGGAAGAGGAGAGAAGACGCUUGAUCCAGAAUGCUGAUGACGUUUUGAUUACACCCCUGGAGAAGUUCCGGAAGGAGCAGAUUGGAGCAGCCAAGGAAGGAAAGAAGAAGUUUGACAAGGAGACAGAGAAAUACUACACUGUUCUAGAGAAACACCUGGCCCUGUCCUCAAAGAAGAAAGAGACGUUCCUGCAAGAGGCUGACACACAGAUUGACAAAGACCGUCAGGUUUUCUACGACGCCUCCCUGGAAUACGUCUUCAAAAUACAGGAGGUCCAAGAGAAGAAGAAAUUUGAAUUUGUGGAGCCACUCUUGGCAUUCCUUCAGGGCCUGUUUACUUUCUACCAUGAAGGCUACGAGCUUGCUCAUGAGUUUGAGCCCUACAAAACGCAGCUCCAAUUCAACCUGCAGAAUACGAGGAACAACUUUGUAAGUACGAAGCAGGAGGUGGAGAAACUCAUGAAGAGAAUCCGAUCAGCUGACCAGGACUACAAACCCCCUGGACAGUGGACCAUGGAGGGCUUCCUGUACGUCCAGGAGAAACGGCCUCUGGGAUGUACCUGGACACGACAUUACUGCACUUAUGAGAAGGGCAGCAAAACCUUCAGCAUGACCAACUUUGAAACCAAGUCAUCUGGCAAACAGAAUGGUCUUGUGGUGAAUCCUACUGAGAUGUUCAAGCUGAAGUCCUGCAUCCGGAGGAAGACCGAUUCCAUCGACAAACGCUUUUGCUUUGACAUCGAGGUGGUGGAGAGAACUGACUUCUGUCAUGGAACUCUUUUCAGACCGCUUCAGUUAAAGUUCUGUAAAGUGCGACACGGCAUUGUGACUCUCCAGGCUCUAUCUGAGUCCAACAGAAGACUGUGGCUGGAGGCUAUGGAUGGCAAAGAACCGAUCUACAACCUUCCAGCCAUUUUGAGCAAAAAAGAGGAGACAUACCUAAACGAGGCAGGGUUUAAUUUUGUCAGGAAAUGUAUUGACUUGGUGGAGGCGCGAGGGAUCAGUACGUUGGGUCUGUACAGAACUGGAGGAGUUAACUCAAAGGUCCAGAAGCUGAUGACUACUGUCUUUGCAACCAAGGCUCCAGUUGAUAUGGAUCUGGACCCAGAAACCUGGGACAACAAGACCAUCACCAGUGGCCUGAAGAACUACCUGAGGUGUCUCUCUGAGCCUCUGACAACGUUCAAACUGCACAAAGACUUCAUCAUGGCCGUCAAGUCUGAUGACCAGAACUACAGGGUUCGGGCAGUCCAUGCAUUGGUUCACAAACUUCCUGAGAGGAAUAAGGAAAUGAUGGAACUACUGAUUAAACACCUCGUCACCGUUUCCACUCACAGCCAGUUCAACCUAAUGACUGUAUCCAACCUGGGCGUGAUCUUCGGCCCCACGUUAAUGAGGUCACAGGAAGAGACAGUGGCAGCCAUGAUGAACAUCAAGUUUCAGAACAUUGUGGUUGAGAUCCUAAUCGAGAACUUUGACAAGAUCUUCCACCAGGCGCCUGACCCUAACAUACCCCUUCCCCAGCCCCAGACCCGACCUGGGUGCCGUAGGAGCCGGGCCAUCUGUUUGUCCACAGGCCCCAGGAAGCCUCGCAGCAUCUACACCCCCACGCUGUGCCUGGCUGACGCUGACAGUCCUUGUACAGGUGACACCUUCAGCAGCAGUCCAGGAAGCACGCCCAUGGGAAGUAUGGAGUCUUUGUCUUCCCAUUCCUCGGAGCAGAACAGCUCCUCCAAGACCACCGUCUCCACCUCCCAACACCAGCCCAAAGGCAAGGCCUCGUUUCCCCCUGGCCAGUGGCUGGGGUUGGGGCAGGGUUCCAGUCAGUGGCUGGGGAUGGGACAAGGGCCUGCUCUGGGUCUCAGUCGCUCGCCCUCCCAGGUCUCCUCUAACGGUCUGGGGAAGGCGGGGGUUCCUCAAUGCCUCAGCAGUCCAGAGUCCAGCUCCAGGGACGAGGCAGGGAGGACAGAUGGAGAGUCAGUGGGAGAUGCUCUUGGUGUGGUCCCAGCCAGUCCCACCACUCAAACCUCCACAGGACCCGUCGGUCCCAAAAAAGCCCCCCACUCCCGGACCGGCCCCCGGCCAACACCUGCAGCUGAGUUAAACCCCCUGACCAGGUCCGCUGCCCCCUCCCUGAGAUCACUGUAUAUACCUGAAGGUGGGAGGAGUCUGUCUGGUUCAGUCCAGAGUCUGUCUUUCCUGGCCGAUGACCACAAAGACUAUAAAGACCACCAAGACCAACAGAAGGAUGGGAAGGAGAGUUUGAAGUCUGUAGACAUCCCAUCCCUUCCUCCUAAACUAGUCAUCCAUCACAGACUAGACAAGAUGGAGUCCUCUAGCAAUGGAUACCAGCGACCUGGGUCAAUUGUUGCUGCCAAGGCCAUGCUGUUUGAAAAGCCCUCUGUCCUGCCCCAGACCACACCUGUUGGGAGAGAUGCCAAGGCCAUGUACUCCUGUGAGGCAGAACACAGCCAUGAGCUCAGCUUUCCACAAGGGGCGCUGUUCUCAAAUGUUUAUCCGUCAGUUGAACCCGGCUGGCUCCAGGCGACAUUCCAAGGGAAGACCGGCCUAAUCCCUGAGAACUAUGUUGUCUAUCUUUAACAAUCAGCUGACCAACCCAAGAAGACAAAAGGCCUACCUUGAACAUGUCAUGGUAUCCAUGGUAACAAUAAUCUGUAACACGAUUGAUUGAUUGAUUGAUGUAAAGGCCUGGCAUCCCCUUUGAUAAUUUAGUAUACUUUAGAUGUGGGAUUGUUGAGCAUAGUUCACAUGAAAAGUAUGUGUGUUUUUAUCCCUGAUAUGACAGCACCUAGCCAGCCUACCACGCUGCCCUCUCUGGGUCCUGGGGUCCUUCACAGCAUGUUGGGAAACCAACACCUAUGAAAAAUAGGUAGAAUUGUAAACUCAGAACAUUCUUUAAAAUGAAGAUUAACAUUUAUGUUAUUUACAUAGUCAUUACAUAGUCACAGUCUCCUAUUGGUUGAUUCUGAUUCAUCCCAUGUGGAAAGGGUUAUCUUUCUAAAACCAGGAAGCUUGUUUAAAGUGUGACUUUUAAGACAUGUUGUGAAGAAUGACCAUGCUCAGAUGACCUGCAGGCUGUCUGUUUUCAGUGUUGAGGUACUAGAUUCAUUACAUCCUUAUUCGGGUUAGAUCACACAAUCAUUUGUAUUCCAUUUGAUUAGAUUUAGAUGAAGUUGCAUGAUUCCCUGACCUCAAAUUAAUACAAAAAACACACUUCUGAAUCUUUGUACAAAGUAGAUUUGUAUUUACAUUUACUGUAAAUCAGUGUUGAUGAUAAGUCACGUUAUUUAAUGAAGUCUAAUUACUCAUUUCUGUUGUGUUCAAUAUUGUGAUCAUGUAAUAUUGUAGACCAUAAUUUGGCUUUGACCUGUCUUUUUUAAAUAAGCACCUAUCAGACUUAUUUAAUUGGUUUGUCUUGAAUUCUGGAGAUGCCAAGGCCAUGUAGUCAUGUGAGGCAGAACAAAGCUCCCAUGAGCUCAGAUUUUAUAGAGAAUACGCACCUGUGCAGAUUGUAAUGCACAGACGCUUUGGGAAACUGAAUCUUUUAGUCUGGUGGACUAAAGGUCCCAUAAAAGUCGAAUCUGCAGCCAUUUUAAAAGCAGAGACUUCAGCCAGCGCUGUCUGUCCCUCCGUCUGGCGUUUGGUCCUUUAUUAAGCCAUAGACAUGACAACCCAAGGCUUUUUCCAAAUACUCAUUUGCUCAAGUGCACUUUUGUUUAGCUACAUGGUACCUGCAUUUCUCUCAUUCAAUGGUAGCUCCAAUGUGGAACUAUUCAAAGAUGUCCUGUUUAUCAUUUCACAUUGUAUAAAAAUAAAUGAUCACAAAGUUCAACUUUUAUUUUAUGUAUUAUGAAUGCUAAUGUGGUUUUGUUGUGAUGACUGGUGUUGUAUGAGAGGCUUUUAUAUUGCAUAUCGCUGAUACACUGGGGUAUUAACAGCUGUUAUCAACUCAAACUAACCCUGAACAUCUGUCUGAAUCCCAGAUGGCACCCUUUUGACUCUCUAGAUCAUGAUAUUUCAUCAGAGCCUUGGUCAACAAGUGGAUUAUAUUGGGCAAUGUUUCCCAAUCCUGGUCCUGGGGACCCCAAGGUGCAGGUGUUUGUUUUUGCCCUAGCACUCACUCACCUGAUUCA